AUGUCGAAGUUGCUUCGUGUUGGUGUAUUCAUGCCCGCAUUCAAAUGGGAAAGAAUGAACCUUAAUCAAGUCACACCAGAAAAGCAUGGAAUUGAGCUUGUUCCAGUUGAAUUAGGUGACGAUUUAUCCUCAUUUGAUGCAAUUAUUCAUAAAUUCACAUAUCAGCUUGUCGAUGGCCAUGAAGCUGAUGUUGCCAAAAUCCAAGAAUAUGCUAAGAAUCGCCCAGGAUUCGUUGUAAUCGAACCAAUCGAUAACAUUCGUGUUUUCGUUGAUCGUCUUGCACUUCAAAACUUCAUCGAGCAUAAUCCAUUACCAGACUGUGUAGAGUAUAUCAAAGGUUACCCAGUUGAUGACAACUUCAAGCCAGAGAACGUUGGCCUCCAUUAUCCAAUUCUCUUGAAGCCUGUUGCCGCCUGUGGAACAUCAAACAGUCACUCAAUUCAAGUCAUUCAUAACGAAGAGCAGCUUCGUGCUGUUGGAAAUCCAUAUCCAAUGCUUGCAUUUCCAUUUAUCCCUCAUCAUGGCGUUGUUUUCAAGUGCUACAGCCUUGGAGAGAAUUUUGUUAUGCACAAGUCCAAGUCUCUCGUUCUUAAGACACAAGACAAAGUCGUAUUCGAUUCCCAAAAGCCACUUCCAACAGAAAUCGAUGCUGGAGCAGUUCCGGAUGACGCUGCUUCAUACGAACCAUCUUCAGAAGAACUCAAAGCCUCAAGCGAAGCUCUCAGAAAGAUGACAGGAGUUCAACUCAUCGGAUACGAUCUUCUCAGAAGAGAAUCUGAUGGAAAGCUUUGUUUGGUCGAUUUUAACUACUUCCCAUGCUUCAGAGGUAUUGAAGAUGUUCCUGGAAAGUUUGCUACUUUCAUCAAACAGAGAAUUGCUGAUGCUAAAUAA